UUUUCGAAUCCAGCAUUUUAUGUAUCCGCUGCAUUUUCAUAUUUUGCGAAUUGCGAUAGAGUACAUAUCAGAGUGCCUAUUGGAAGAAGUGCUUAAUACUUCACUGAUACCAGGAAGAUUAUUCGCUUUAAAUUACCGUAUUUCCAAUAUCUUUGCUUCAUCAUCCCACUAAAGUUUCAUAUUUGUUUUCGUCGCAAUUCGGAAGCUUGCACUCCAAUUCAGAGAACGAUUAUGAUUUACUAUUACUCAGGACAUGAAAAGAAGUGCCCCAUACCCUACUGUUAUCAGGAGACAAUUGACAGGUUCGCAGUACAAGGCCUUCAAAAUUAUUACAUUAUGAUGCUGAAGAUUUGUGGUAAAGUUGCAACCGUGACCUUAUUGAUAUUUGUGAUGUGCAAGUUUUCAGAAGCUCGAAUAAAACGAUACACAAACAACGCGUGGCCACCGUCUUCACGUGUAAAUGAUAGAAGAAAGUCAACAAGAUAUGUUUUACCCAAAGUUGCUGAUGUUCUUUCAAGAUUAGUCAAAGCAAAUCCAGAAAAGCUUUGCAGCCUGAACAUUAACGGAAAACUAUCCUUUACCUCAUCUGCUGAAAGAUCAACUACUGGAGUGAUUGAAACGCCAGGAGCGUGGUGCGCUGAAACAGAUGGCGACGCUAGCGAUUCUAUAACAAUAAAUCUUGAUUCAUCGGUACUUGUACAAGGUGUCAUAACACAAGGAUCAAGUCACGCACAUUCAUACGUGCUAUCAUACAAAGUACAAUAUUCCGACGACGGCACAAGUUUCACCACCAUCACAACUGAUGACGGAAAUGAUAAGAUAUUCGUUGGUAAUCACGACAACCAAACGCCGAAAUCAAACGAGUUCAAAGAGGCAAUUACGGCACAGUACUUUCGCAUCGUCCCUGUUGAGUACUUUGACCAUAAGUGCGUCAGAGUAGGCUUAUACGACUGCAUGGAUAUUCUUGAUGGUCUCAGCCUCAAACUUAAAGACUGAAUGUUUUUAUUAAAUCGUUAAACAAAGAGAUCAUGUAUUAAUCAGUUGCUACGUAUUUGACUACUCUUAUUCAAUCGAUAUAUAUAGUGAACACCAAAUUUGUUAGUAACAACUUAUUGGAAAGAAUAGAAAUAAAUCCGAAUCUCCGACAACCAUAGAGUUGGUCCCACACUCUUUGUACUUAAUGGCCCCAUUUCACCAUGCUCAGAUUCGGCAGAUGAAUUUGAAAAUCACCAGUACUUAUAUUAAUAUGCAGUAUCAAAAUACAACAAAAUGUAUAACUUUCAAGCCAUGCGUCUGGUGUCCAGGAUAGUUAGUAAUAGUGAAGUGAGAGGACAAAUCUUUAUUCAAUAAAGUACAAAAGGAGAGAACUACCAGCGCUCAAACCAAUUACCAAAAGUUCCUUUAUCUUAUUGUCGCUUCCACAGCGUGGAAGAUGAAAAUGUCAUUUUGGUUAUACUUCAAGAAAAUUUCGACUAUAUCAAUUUCAAAAAUGGGUUGUUUGGUAGUCACAGGUAGAAUGAGUAUUAAUAGGUGGUUCAAUCAUGACUGUUUACUUGUUUAAAAGGGUUCAUAUUGAGCAUAGAAGGUAUGGUUAGCCGUUUUCAUUCACAAUAACAUGUAAAAUAUCACCACUUUUAUACUAAGUCUAGAUCUCAUGUUUUGUUUUUGUAGUUAAGCUUGGCUAUACCUUUUAACUCCACAUACUUAACUGGUUUAUGUAAUACAACCAAUAGAAUAAGGCCGGAUUGUCAUUUUCAAACAAGAAUAAAAGAGGGUCAGUGCAAAAAUUUAGAAAAACUGGUAUACAGAAAUGGCCAAAUCAAAUUAUUAUUUAUUUUAACAUAUUUUAAAAUUAUUUUCGAAGCCUGAAUGAAGAGUAUAUUGUAAAUCAAAAGUUUUGGUGUAAAAUUGAUAAAAUCCACCUUUUUGAUAAAAAAAUCGAAGAUCACAAGCCUUUGGUUGAUACCUAUUUUUUAGCCUUAUCCAUAAAUCUAUCAAAGAAUACCAGGCCAAAUCCAUGGGUAAAAAUAAUAUUCUUGAUUAGAUUAUAACCGCGAUAAAACUCUAUAUCAUGGAUGCAUUCAGGUCCUCUAUCCACUUGGGCAUUUCAGACCAAUCCAAAACCAUCUUUUUAAACAUAUAUCUGUAAAAUUUCAACAUAUAACACUAUCUUUUGACUAUGAAAAUAACUAUAUGUACUGAUACAAAUAAUGAUAAAGAUUUAGAAUGUAAUAGCACAAUAACAUGAUACCACGUUCCAAUAAAAAUGGUGCAAAAUGGAUCGGAAAACAAAGGAUAAAGAAUAAGACAAGUAUACUUUAAUAAUGUCAGGACUAGAGUAUUUUUAUAGACAUAGUGGGAUAUUUUAUAAUUUGGAUUUUGCAAAACUUGAAAUCCUGGGAGUGCAAUAAUAAUAUUGAUGGGGAACCAAAAUUUCACCGUGUCAAUUAGGAUAAUUCGACAAUAAUGCUUUGCUCAAUCACUUAUUUAAGGCCUAAUUUUAAUUUAACUAUAUUCCUUAAUACCACUUUUUACUAUGUCUAUGCCAUAGGUUCAGGGGCCCAAGGCUCUGUAAGAGAAACCGGUUGAAUGUGGGAAAUGAUCUGAUAUUUCAGGUGACUUAAAUUGAACCGCAAUUUGAAUAUUUUUCAAAUACAAAGCUUCGAAUAUGCUCGAGUCAAUAAAUAAAGUAAUUUUAAUUCACUCAGGUAGUAACAAAUAACAAUGUUUUUUUUGUUUUCAUGUUUAAAAUUUAUCAUGGGGCUUCGUAAAUACCGGUAAUAGUCAACCUUUUCGCAGGCUCCAUAACACUAAGUGUUCGAAAAACCCUUAGAUGCUAAUUCAAGCUAAAUUAGAUACAUAAAUUAAAAUUCUGAACCUUAAAUUCUAGACCCAAGGUCACGUCACCGUCCUGUAACUUGAAAAUGCAAUACAAACACAAUCAUAUAUACUUGAAAGUUAAUUUCAAACGAGAUGCGAAAUUCUGAAACAAAGACAGCUUUAGAAUUUAUUGAUUGGUGUGAUCACAACAAAAUUUUUAACCUCGAUUGCAAUGACGAUAAAUUCUAUAACAUCAAAUAUGGAUAAUGUCUUACGCUUUAUCGGUAAAUAAAAUACUGAGUAAUAAAUAAAAAUAAAACAAAGUAGUACAAUAUAUAGAUGUUUCACCGUUUAAAAUACUGGGAUGAAAGAGUGAAUAAUUAAAAUAUUAAAUGAAAACAUGCUCUUGAUAAGAAUCAAAAAUGAAUUUAAAACAACACUGUAGUAGUUCUUUUUUUAAACAUUUUGAGUAAGCGAUGAGAAGAUUGUUUACAGCUCUUAAAGGUAUUCAGAUGGUAAAAGCAAUAACGCAAAC